UAGGAAAACAGCUGUGGCGUGCUAGAAAGCUAGUUAGCAUCGUUUGUUUUUGUCGUGUGUGACAGCGAUUUCUGAGCAGUUCCUCCGACAAGAUCGCAAUCGCCCAACCUCGGAGAGACCGACUCGCUGUCUGUCAUCUCGUUUAAAGAUGAAGUUCCAGUACAAAGAAGAGCACCCUUUUGAGAAAAGGCGGUCCGAGGGCGAGAAAAUAAGGAAGAAGUAUCCGGACAGGGUACCCGUAAUUGUGGAGAAAGCCCCCAAAGCCAGAAUAGGCGAUCUGGACAAGAAGAAAUAUCUCGUCCCCUCCGACCUGACAGUGGGACAGUUUUACUUUCUCAUCCGGAAAAGAAUCCACUUGCGAGCGGAGGAUGCUCUCUUCUUCUUUGUAAACAACGUCAUUCCACCCACCUCAGCAACCAUGGGACUGUUGUACCAGGAGCAUCACGAAGAGGACUUUUUCCUCUACAUUGCCUACAGUGAUGAGAGCGUGUACGGGAGCAGCCAAAGGGAAAUCUGACCCCGCUACCAUCCCCCUCCAACCACUACCCACCUUUCUGAGACCUCCACCAUUCAUUUAAAUAUUAAAUCCAGCUAAGCAGCCUAGAGUUAUCGGAGUGGAAAUGUCAGAUGCACUUUCGCCACCUAUACAUUACCCCUCUCCCUUCCAUUUAUGUUCUCAUUAUUCUGCAGUCUGAAUUGUAUUUGCCUCCUCUUCUUUUUUUCAGUAGUGUCUUGGGUUAAGUGCCCUUGUGGCCAGUUCUUUUUCUAGUGUAGUAUUUGUACAUCCUACUUUACUGAAAAAACUGAGAACCAAUUAAAAAAAAAUAAAAGAAAAAAAUGUUUGAAUUGGGCUAUAAAAUAUAAUCACCCCAGAGUUAUAAUCCUGGUCAUUUCCCCGCUGCGGGACCUAUAAAGGAUUGCUAUUUUAAGGGAAGAAAGGUAUGCAAGUUCAAAUCCGCUCUCUUAUUGAGAAGAUCGAUUUAUUGUUUAGUCCGCUUGUAGGGGUUUAAAGUGUACCUAGAGUUUAGUUUAUUCCAGCUGAAGGUUCCCAACGGAGUAAAAGGAUAACUGUUUUGCAGCAGUUCUUUUCCUAGAAAGAAAAAAAGAAAGUGUCUGGCUGUUUCUAUAGAACUCCCCAAUCACUGAAGUAUGUGAAUGAGAAUUGUGUGACCUAAGUGAGGAGUAGAAUAGAAUUCAGACUAACAAUCAUUCUCCGCUUUCAGUGGUGAGACUUAUGUUGACUGCUACUAUGAUUGUUGAUGUUGUUAAUUUUAGAUGGCUUAUUUUCUAAAAGGUAUUGUAAAGCUGAGUAAUUUUCUUUUUUUUUAAGUUUGUCUUAAAGAUUUGAACUCUGUAUACAGCUGCGUUGCUGGCUCUUUCUCUCCACUUAUGACCAUACAUGAUAAAAUGUGACUAAAAGCUC